ACUCGGCAGAACACCGGCGCAGCGCUGCGGUUAGCCUGCUUACACUCCCGGGCAGAACAGCGCGGAGAUCGUUUAACACUAACUACUCCUCACACGGUGUCAUGACUACAGCCUUUCUCUGCGUGACCGCGCUGGGCGAGCCCGCCGCGGGGACAGUGUACUGCGUCCGCUGUCGGUAAUGAGAGAUUUCUGCCGGUUCGGUUACGAGAAGACAAGCGAGGAGCCAGCAGAGGAACAGAGCCGUACGUCCGCAGAGUCGUUGCUAUGGGGAGACUGCGCCUGUCAGGCCGGGGCGGGUAGGCCCGAGCGCAGCCUGCGGUGUGUAGUAGUGUGCGGGGACGGAGUGGAGAGCGCCAGCAGCGGAUCACUCACACGUCUGAUAUCGGGAGGAAUACUCUGCUGUAGAAGCAAACUGUUAGGAGAGCAACUCGGCUGAAGGUUCCAAUAUGAGGCCAGAGGUGUUUAGAUUACUCUGAAACUGCUUUAAGGGGAGAAAAACCUUUCUUUUUUUCUGCUGAAAGAUCGUGAGGACUAGAGACUAUGCCUCCAAGGCCGUCCUCCGGAGAACUAUGGGGGAUCCAUUUGAUGCCCCCCAGGAUUUUGGUGGAUUGUUUGCUGCCCAACGGCAUGAUCCUGACCCUGGAGUGCCUCCGUGAGGCCACACUAAUCACCAUCAAGCAUGAACUGUUCAAGGAAGCCAGGAAGUACCCCCUCCACCACCUGUUACAGGAGGAGACCUCCUACAUCUUUGUCAGUGUAACACAAGAGGCAGAGCGGGAAGAGUUUUACGACGAGACCAGGAGACUCUGUGAUCUCAGGCUCUUCCAGCCGUUUCUAAAGGUCAUCGAGCCUGUGGGCAACAGGGAGGAGAAAAUUCUCAACCGAGAAAUUGGUUUUGCGAUUGGCAUGCCAGUGUGUGAGUUUGAUUUAGUAAAGGAUCCUGAAGUGCAGGACUUCAGGAGAAACAUACUCAAUGUCUGCAAAGACUCAGUAGAGCUCCGAGACGUCAACGGACCCCAUAGUCGAGCCUUAUAUGUUUACCCUCCGAAUGUGGAGUCAUCACCAGAACUUCCAAAGCACAUCUUUGGCAAAUUGGACAAAGGUCAGAUUAUUGUCGUAAUCUGGGUGAUUGUGUCACCCAACAACGACAAGCAGAAGUACACCCUGAAGAUCAACCAUGACUGCGUCCCUGAGCAGGUGAUCGCAGAAGCCAUCAGGAAAAAGACGAGAAGCAUGCUGCUGUCUGCUGAGCAGCUGAAGAUGUGCGUACAGGAGUACCAGGGCAAAUACAUCCUCAAAGUAUGUGGCUGUGACGAGUACCUACUGGAGAAGUACCCCAUCAGUCAGUAUAAGUAUGUGCGGAGCUGCAUUAUGUUGGGUCGGAUGCCAAACCUUAUGCUGAUGUCUAAGGAUAGUCUUUACUCUCAGCUGCCCAUGGACAACUUCACCAUGCCCUCCUAUUCACGCCGCAUCUCCACAGCCACGCCUUACAUGAACGGGGAAGUCUCUAGUAAAGCCCUCUGGACCAUCAACAGCACACUGAGGAUACGUGUCCUAUGUGCUACAUACGUCAAUGUGAACAUCCGGGAUAUUGAUAAGAUCUAUGUUCGGACAGGGAUCUACCACGGUGGAGAGCAGAUGUGUGACAAUGUAAACACACAGCGUGUACCGUGUUCAAACCCAAGGUGGAAUGAGUGGCUCACGUAUGACAUGUACAUUCCCGACAUUCCCCGGGCCGCUCGCCUAUGUUUGUCCAUCUGCUCCGUGAAGGGGAGGAAAGGAGCGAAAGAGGAGCACUGUCCACUGGCUUGGGGAAACGUGAACCUGUUUGACUACACACAUACGCUGGUCGCUGGGAAGAUGGCACUGAACUUGUGGCCAGUGCCACAUGGCCUGGAAGAUCUCCUUAACCCCAUCGGAGUCACAGGCUCCAACCCCAACAAGGAAACCCCAUGCCUUGAGCUGGAGUUUGACUACUUCAGCAGUCCCGUGAAGUUCCCUGACAUGGCCACAAUAGAGGAUCACGCUAAUUGGAUCAUAUCCAGAGAGAUGGGAUACAAUUACUGCCAGUCUGGACAGAGCAGCCGACUGGCGAGAGACCACAUCAUCACAGAAGCUGAUAUUGAUCAGCUGAGACAGCUGGCGAACAGAGACCCACUUUCUGAGAUCACUGAGCAGGAGAAAGACUUCCUGUGGCGGCACAGACAGUAUUGUGUAAAUAUACCAGAGAUUCUUCCCAAGAUUCUGCUUGCAGUAAAAUGGAACUCCAGAGAUGAAGUUGCACAGAUGUAUUGCCUGCUUAAAGACUGGCCUGCAAUAAAACCUGAACAAGCCAUGGAGCUGCUUGACUGCAACUAUCCGGAUCCAAUGAUUCGAGACUUUGCAGUACGGUGCCUUGAAAAGUAUUUAACAGAUGAUAAACUGUCCCAGUAUCUGAUUCAGUUGGUCCAGGUUUUGAAGUAUGAGCAGUAUCUUGAUAACCCAUUGGUGCGGUUUCUGCUGAAAAGGGCCCUGACCAAUCAGAGGAUAGGACAUUUCUUUUUCUGGCAUUUAAAGUCGGAGAUGCACAACAAAACGGUGAGCCAGCGCUUCGGCCUGCUGCUGGAGUCGUACUGCCGGGCGUGCGGCAUGUACCUGAAGCAUCUCAGCCGGCAGGUGGAGGCCAUGGAGAAGCUCAUCAACCUCACAGACAUUCUCAAGCAGGAGAAGAAGGAUGAGACACAGAAGGUGCAGAUGAAGUUUCUGGUGGAGCAGAUGAGGAGGCCAGAUUACAUGGAUGCUCUCCAAAGCUUUACCUCUCCACUCAACCCAGCCCACCAGCUGGGGAACCUGCGGCUCGAGGACUGCAGAAUCAUGUCGUCGGCGAAAAGGCCACUGUGGCUCAACUGGGAAAACCCUGACAUCAUGUCUGAGCUUCUCUUCCAGAACAAUGAGAUAAUCUUCAAGAAUGGGGAUGACUUGAGGCAAGACAUGCUGACACUUCAAAUCAUUAAAAUAAUGGAGAACAUCUGGCAGAACCAGGGAUUGGACCUCAGAAUGCUUCCCUACGGCUGCCUAUCCAUUGGAGACUGCGUGGGUCUGAUUGAAGUUGUGAGGAGCUCCCACACCAUCAUGCAAAUUCAGUGUAAAGGAGGUCUGAAAGGAGCGCUGCAGUUCAACAGUUCCACGCUUCACCAGUGGCUGAAGGACAAGAACAAGGGCGAGACGUAUGAUAUGGCUGUUGACCUGUUUACCCGGUCCUGUGCUGGCUACUGUGUGGCCACCUUUAUUCUGGGUAUUGGUGACCGGCACAACAGUAACAUCAUGGUGAAGGACGAUGGACAGCUAUUUCACAUAGAUUUUGGCCACUUCCUGGAUCAUAAGAAGAAGAAGUUUGGGUACAAGCGAGAGCGAGUUCCUUUCGUGUUAACCCAGGACUUUUUAAUCGUAAUUAGUAAAGGAGGAACUCAAGAAUGCACCAAGACGAGGGAGUUUGAGAGGUUCCAGGAGAUGUGUUACAAGGCGUACUUGGCCAUCCGGCAGCAUGCAAACCUGUUCAUCAACCUCUUCUCCAUGAUGCUCGGCUCCGGCAUGCCCGAGCUGCAGUCUUUCGAUGACAUUGCCUACAUCCGGAAGACCCUCGCGCUGGACAAGUCAGAGCAGGAGGCUUUGGACUACUUUAUGAAACAGAUGAACGACGCUCAUCAUGGUGGAUGGACCACCAAGAUGGACUGGAUCUUCCACACCAUCCGACACCAUGCACAGAACUAAAGCCCACUGGAAGGAUCUUGAGCCAGCUAGCGGACCCUUGCCCAGGACCUACUGUCCACACGGUGGCGGUAAAAAAAAACGUGGCAGUCAGACCUCAUGUACAAAAAUGGGGCGAUACCCCAGUUGACCUUCAGAGCACUAAACAAUCCAAUCCCCCUUUCCCUUUCUUUGUUUAUCUCUUUUUGUGGCAUCCAUACAGAAAAAUACUAAGCCUAAUAUUUGUCCAGGAUGGUUGUACAUUGUUGCUUGUAGUUUUGUACUCUCUCUCUCUUUCUCUUUUGGUAUAUAUUUGCUGCUCUUUUUUCCUGCAGAGACCAUGACAGUUUUGUUUUGAUAUUAUUUUGGGGAAAGACAGAAUCCUCAACAUGCUAAUGGGAUGCUUUUCAGGUUACUCAUGUCUUCCUCUUCUAAGUACUUCGGAAAAAAAAAAAAAACGCCUUUAAAUAUGCAUGGAACCUCUGAGAACUCCUAGACUAAACAGGGUAAGAGAUUGCGUCGUUCAGUCCGUGAACGUUCUCUCUGAAACCGACCCCUGAGAGUUGGCUGUAGUAAAGUAUUAAGCAGAUGUGGUGGAGUUGGCAUCUCCCUUGAUCUUACAUGAUGAACACUUGAUGAUGACUCUUGAAAGCUGUUACUAUUGUUCACUACAAAGAGAUUUUUUCAUCCUCCAUUCUUCUUGUCCAUCAUCUUUCUAGAUGAGUAGUGGGCCAAACUGAUGAGCUGAAGUCUGUAGGUAUCUGAAGAUAGGAGAUUGGUAGGAUAUAAAUAUUUUGGAACUGGCGAUAUAGAAGGCAGGGGCUGCAAUUGUUAAAGUGAGAACAAUUGAAGAUCAGUAUGAAUACUAUAUAAUGGUACCUGCACCAUUGCUUGUCUAUGUAAUGAUGGGGGUGGGGGGUAGUUGGUAAAGUCGAUUUUGACUCCAAAAUUCCAGCAGAAUUAAGGCGAGGUCACUGUGAUCCAAGGAAUCCCAGAUCGCUGGUUCGAAUCCUGGGUCACGCUGCUUCGUCAUCAGCAGUCGAGAUAGAUCUCAAUCGACCAUGCCCUCCCAGGAGUGGUAUUUGAUAGAUGAUGGCAUUUCCUUCUCACAUUGCUCCUAGUGUGAUUUAAGUUGGCACCGGAGUCUGUUGGCUGAUUUAUCAGAGCUGGGGAUUCAGUGCUUUCCUCUGAAUACGUGAUGGCUGCCAAGUUGCAUUGAUUGGCAAAAGAAGCCAGGUCGGAGGAGCUUGCGUUUGUUCUCUCCCUCUUAUUGAUUCAGGGAGUUCAUAAUUGGGUAAAAAAAAUGGGGUAAAAUUAGAAAUAAAUUAUUUAAAUAGUUAUUUAGUUUUUCUUUUCAGGUUGAAAUAUGAGCAGAAUUUGGCCCAGCACAGGUGAGCAGUUACAGAUUACAUCCUAGCUGUGUACAGAUAAAGCCUUAAUGCAAGAUGAUGUUCUGUGGGUGAAUGCACGGUCCUCCCUUCAGGUGUGUUGCAUGCCGCAGCAGAAGCUGACAUGGUGCUUAGUUAAAGAAAGCGAGCAGUUUAGCGGAUUUCUGUUGGUUGCAGUUCUGUUGAAUUUUAAACUAGACUGGUUUGUUUAAUCGUCUGUGCUUCUAGUCACUUUCAUCGUGUUGGCUGAUGGCUACACAGUCCUGAGUGAACGUACUAUGUACUAAUGGUGCUAAAUAGAUAACUCUGUAAAGAAAGAAAGAGGGAGGUGGUAAAAGACUCUGGACGAAAUGGAUGUGUUUGAUGAUGAGCGAUGGAUUUGGAGAGUUUGAGGUUUACCGGAAUGCUAUAUUAUUUUUUUUGUUCAUUUUCUAUAUUCGGACUCGAUCUAUGUCCUUGACAUGCCUUCUGAUGCUCAUGAAAUCUCCUCAUAAUAGUUUAUGAAUGCUACGCAGUCUGCAAACAGUGUGGUGAGGAUGUGUCAGAUGUGUUGUGUAUACUUUACUCUUGGGGGUGUUAUAGACGUAAGGAAGGAAAACAAAGAAAACAAUAGAUGUGUUUUUUAAAAUAAUGAUAAUAAUCAAUCACAGGGAGGGAUGAAGGCGAGUGUGCACCCACCCUCUAGAGCAUCAGGGGUCUCCAACCCUACUCCUGUUGAGCUGCCUUCCUGUCCGUUCGAACUCCAACCCAUAUCUUAUGCCUAUGUUCACACAGCAGAUAAAAGUGCUCCAAAUCUGAUUUAAUUACCAAAUUCAAUUUAUUUUUAAGGCUGUUCAUAUUGUUUAAAUAUGUGACCUACAGGAGACAUUUGUCUGAACUGAUCACGCUCCUACACUAAUUGGUUAAUGCAAUAACAACCAGACCAGUGCUUCUCAUGAAGUUUUGGUUUCUUCAUUUUUAAGGAGUUCCAGUUGCUGCUGCUGUAUUUAUCAUUAAGAAUUUGUUCCAGCUCACUGUAAUGGAGAAGGCAUUGUUCCUCCACAUCCACUUUUUUGGUUUUAGAUCUAUUUACCUCAUAUUGAAAGCUUAUGUUCAGACUGCAGGCAAGUUCGACUCCCGGUCAUGCAGCUUGCCAUCAGCUGCCGGAGCCCUGAGAGAGCACAAUUGGCCUUGCACUCUCUGGGUGGGUACAGUAGAUGGCAAUUUGUCCCCUUAUUACUCCUAGGGUGAUGUGGAUCAGCACAAGGCUGCGUCUGUGAGCUGAUGUAUCAGAACAGAGUCGCUACGCUUUUCUCCGAGAGUUAGAGCUGUGAUGCUAUUUGGCAAUGCUACAGCAUCAGCAGCAGUUCAAAAAGAGGCGGGCGGAGUCUGACUUCACAUGUGUCUGAGGAGGCGUUUGCUAGCCUUCCCCUCCUGGUGUUGAGAUAUCACUAGUGAUGGGGGAUGGGAGUCCUAAUGAGUGGGGUGGGUAAUUGGCCGUGUAAAUUGUCGAGAAAAUUAGAUAUAAAUUUCAUUUUCUAAAUCAGAUCUGUUGAGAUAAUUGACUGAAUUUGCAUGUAUGGGUUGCUGUUUGGUGUCAGUACUUACAUUUUUGGCACUCUUCUUGAACUCUUGCACUUUGUUCCCUCUGAAUUUAAUGAGGUUGUUGUUUGGUGUUUUGUGAGCACCGCAGAAGAUGCUUUGACAUCCAAUUUGUGCAUCCAGACUGAGACACGUCCACUGUUACCUGUUGUGUGAUCAUAAUCAAAAACAUCCGAUCCAGCCAAUCAAAGAUUUAUGAUGCAUUAAUUGGUUGGAUCAGGUGAGGUCUUUUAGCUGUGUUUCUCACACUAUAUGAUUGAUGAAAGACACAGGGACCCAAAUUGCUCAGUUUUUCACCGACUUAUCUGGCUACUAUCCACAAACACAAUCUGAUUGAGAGCAUGCAAGGACCUGUGAUGCCAUGGAGAAGACAUUAGGUUCUCUCUUUACCCAUUGGCUGUAGGUAGUUGCUUUUCUUGCCUCACAGUUACCAGCUGUAUCAUCUGCAAGAUGGCAUCUGUGACUAGUCUGUGAUCGCUCACAGAGUGUCUUUCAGUAGUUGAUAUUAUAUAUAUAUACCACAGUUAGUUCCGACCCUGCAAUGUGAUUGGCUGAGAGGCGUUCUAUGAGUGUUGUUAUCAGCCGGUAAUGCACUGUAACCGAAGCUUUCCUUGUAUUACUCCACCACAUACAGGUAAACUAGCAACGAUGCAGCGCUUACAAACCAAACAGAGCAGCAGUGGUACUAUUUUAACUGGCGGAGUGUUUAUAACCAAACAGAUUAAAUUCUCUCCUCCUCUUUAACUCAAAAUCUUUCAGUAUACAGUGUAAUAAAUGUAACUGUGGUAUAAUCAGCCUGCACCAUCAUGCUUACGACCGCAGCACAGAAGUGCCAAUAUUAUAACCUUAUUAUCACCUUAUAACACUCCCUCUCGUGCAUUAUUGCUUAAUCGUUCUGUGCUCACUCAGAGGGUUUUGUCGGUGAUUUACAAAAAAACUGUCAACUGGAAAACCGGCCUAAAAUGGUGUAGUGUGAACUGGGCAUUACAUUGAAUCUACACAGUCUGCAGGAAGGUAGAACAGUUGGAGACCCCUGCCCUACAGCAUUUCUGCCAGCAUUUUUUUUUAAUGCUCUUUGCUCAGAGGUUGGGUACACCCGCAGACCUGCUCCAAAUCAGUUCAACAAUCAACGUACAAUCACGUCUGAAUCAUGUUGCAAAGUUUGGUGAAGACAAUGAAGUGAAAUGAAAAUGCUAAAAUGAAAUCGAAUGACCUCUAAUGCAACAUUCAGCCUUUUAUUACAUUGUUACUAGGGAUGUGUAUUGGCAAGAACUAUUUCACAAUGCAGGACUUGCCGUUUUUAACAUAUUGUAACAAUUUAUAUCAAAUUUGGGAAAGAACUAAUAGAAUCCAACACACUGUAACUCUUUUAAUCCGAGAAACAGAAAAGUUUACUUCUUAUCCAAUCACAACUGUGCCUGGACCUAAGGCCAGUAUAGGUACACUAAAUUAAUACAGUAUUGCAAAUCCAAAUUUUGCAGUAUGAUUCAAUCCUGACUUUUGCUGAUUUUCUUACACCCGUAGUUGUUAACGUCACACACACGGACACAUCGUUCUCACUACCUGAGUGUGAGCUGUGAAUUUUACAACCUACCUGUGUUGUGGUUCUGGAGAAAGCCUGUCGUGAUGUUAUUUUUGUUGCAUUACAGAACAUAUUUUAAGCUGUGAAAAUCUACAAAGAUGAGGUGCAAUCAAGCUAUCUAUAUAUGGAUGUACGUCUACUGGUGGGGUGACCGCCUCGAGAUUUGAGAUUUUAUCAAAAUGACACUAGUUUAUGAAAGUCUCUGUGUGUUAGCUGACCUUUGUGUUUUGUUUGUUCGUUUGUGUGUUCAUUUGUCAUGUUCAUUCUAUUCAAUUCAACUCAAUUUAAGCCAAAGUUCUACAUGUGUGGGAGAGUUGUUAAGAAGAGAUAUUUGGAGAUAUUUGAGGGUUUUCACCUACAUAAUAAUCACGUGUAAGUAUCUAGCAUUAAAAUAAAACUAAAGGUGGCCUAUACUGUUGGACGGCUCACUCGCAGUUUUGAUGAAGUUAAUGCAAUCAGCUACGUCUGACCUUUUGAAGGACCUUUUUUUUUAUUUUUUUACUUUUUUGUGCUCUUAGUAAUUGUAAGGUGUUUAUUUAAAAAAAAAAGUAAGCUUCUGUCUACCAUUUAAAUACUUCAAAAAAAUUGGCAAAGAGGCCAAACCAUUCGCCUUUCCAUAGUAGUGGACACAGUCUACACCAUGCAACAACGACUACAGUGAUACAAUGAUAUUUAAUUAUACACGUUUUUACAGGUCUGUGCUCGUUUUCACUUUAAAUUCUGUAAAGAAUAUGUACAAUUCUACUGGACAUUAAUGCACCAAUAACAUAUGUACUAAUGCAAAGCAGAGGAAGGCAUUUCCCCUCCAGUGUACUAGUAGGAAAAAUCUACAGAGUGAGAGUGAGUAUUCCGAAGUUUCGACGUUGUUGUGGUAUUCCAGACUUCUUAUGCAUUCAUGUCCUAAACUAGAGUUUUCAGAUUUUUUAUUAACAAAAAAAAACAAAACACACCAAUGUGAUUCUUAUAUGCAGUAAAACAAACAAACAAACAAACGGACGCAGGCAGGGACAGAAACUCCUGUAUGCAGGUGGCUUUUGCACUUUGUCGUUUUUCUCCCCUACUUUAUAUAAAAUGUCUUCAGUCCUUGCAUGUGUUUUUUAAGCAGCAUUACCAAUUGUACGCCUAUACUGCCUGAAACAGAUCAGAUGAAUUUUAGAAGGCGAAGUUAUAGUCACUGUAAGCAGCCUUAUGUUAGCCCUCCAAAAGCCAUUUAUUGCAUGAAACUAGUCACUAGUUUGUGUGCUUUUUUUUUUUUUUUUUGUCUCUUUUGUCUCGUCUGUACAGGUUACAGAUCCUUAAGGGGGCAGGACCCGUUAAAAAAAGCCCAUUUAAAAAUGUAAUAAUUAUGUGUAAUAAUGUGCAAAUGCUUUGUAUUUUCCUUCUUUCUUUCGUUCUUUUUUCUUUCUUUCUUUCUUUUCAUUAAUUGCAACCGGGAAAAACUUUUGAGACGCUGGACUCUGUGUCUUUUAUACUACGAGUUACAAGAAAAAAGGAAAAAAAAACAAAAAAACAAACAAAAGGAAAAAGUGGAAUGUACUUGAAUAUCAUCACUCUGAACCAUCACCGUGUGUGUCGAGAUCAAAUCUGUUAAACGUGGUGUAGCACUGAAGGUUCGCUCGCAUAGGCAAUUUCAUACCGAUCGUGAAUGUUACAAUACUUCAGUUGAGUUGUGAGUGUUUCUCCUGCUGAAGCUCUUCGGCAUUUAUUGUUAAAAACUUAAAAAAAUAAAAAAAAAUUGCUGCCAUUCUUCAGUUUCUAUGGAAAACAGACACUUCUCUCAUGCUAUCUGUGUGAAGAGUGGCAAAAGGAGGAGAACAGAAUUGUAUAAACAUUAUAUACUGAAAGGAAGGUCAAAACUGUAUAAUAUUCUAAAGCAUUUUGAGUGGUAACAUUUAUACCGUUCUUUCAUUCGGAGCAGUACUAUUACUUUUUUUGUUUUUCUUUUUGUCAUUUACAUGUUGAAUUAUAUUUUCAUUUAUUUUCAACAACACUACUUAGUGGGCCAAAUAAUGUUCCAUACAUACAUACAUACAUACAUCCUGCAUGAAAUACAAGUUAAAAGCCCUUAUAAUAUUUUUUUGUUGUUUAUUAUCUGUAGCUGUUCUAAAGAAAAGGUUUGGCCUAAGACUGCACUCUGAAGUAACAGUCUAUAACUUCUGACAGUGUCAUACCCUCAUUACAUUUAUUUACUGUUUUAUCAUCAUCUUGCACCUCAGUUGAAAAGUUGCUUUGUAUUCUGUCUCCAAUAUUUUGAGUGUUAUGUGAGUAUGUACAAAUAAACUUAUUUCAAAGAAA